CUAUCAAAUUUAUGAGCUUAAAAAAUACUGCUCUGUGAACGAAGAAGAGCAGCCAUGUGUCAAUGGUUGGUUAUCACAAGGACGACAUAAUGACCCCUAAUCAGAAACUCAUAGCAGGUUGCAUAUCUGGAAUGGCGACUAGGUUCAUAACUCAGCCUCUUGAUAUAAUAAAAUUAAGAACACAACUACAGAAAAUGCAAGCACUGGACAAAAAAAAGAUUUGGUUUCGUACUACCAGGAAGAUAUUGAAAGAGGAAGGCGUUACAGCUUUCUGGGCUGGUCAUAAUCUUGGACAGAUUCACUCGAUAUUAUCAGUAAGUUCUCAGUUCUAUAUGUACGAACUGACAACUAAAUACGUUGCUGGUCUAUCCCACGACAGAGACAAACAACCGUAUCUAUUUUUCUUUUGCGGUGUAUUCUCUGGAUGCUGUUGUGCCACCCUGGUAAUUCCGAUUGAGGUGAUACGAGUCAGGCAGAUGAUAGUCAAGGAUCAAUAUCGAGGUCUGCUCAAUGGUGUCCGUGAGGUGUAUAACUAUGGAGGUAUCCUCGGUUUUUAUGAGGGCCUUAGUGCAUCAUUACUGCAGAUGGGCCCGUCUGUUGGUAUUUCAUUCGGUGUAUUCCGUUUCCUCCAGCCCAGAAUACUAAAGUAUUUUCAUGACUGCACCACCGAAAACUGCAUUCAUAGAAGCAAAAACACAAACAAACCAGAGCACCUUCUCCUGGCCAGCACUGUUGCUGGUUCUAUAGCCGGUUUUGUUUCCAAAACUAUCACGUACCCAUUUGAUUUGGCUAAACGGAGGCUUCAAAUCGCUAGUCAUAAAGAAGACCUCAGGUACCAAAUACCAAGCACGUCUAGGAACCUGGCUAAAUGCUCAAACCUACCUGACUGUAUCAUCAAUACACUGAAGACGGAAGGGCUUCGUGGCCUAUAUAGAGGAUGGAAGGUGACCAUUUAUAAAGCGCAGGUGACCAGCGUAAUGGCAUUCACUACUUACGAACUUGUAUGCUAUGCCAUAAGGGAGGUGGAAUCUUAAA